CUGAUAAAAAACUUGAGAAUUCAGCAGAAUACAGCCACGUGUUCCUGAGCAUUCUUCCAUAAAAGUCUCACCAUGCCUGGCAGAGCCCCAUUCACCUUCACUAUGAGGGGAAUCAUACUAGCCCUAGCACUCACCCUUGCAGGUAGCCAGAAGUUUGAUAUCGACCCGGGAUUCAGUAGCAGAAAGAGUUACCUGUACAGCUAUGAAGGCUUUAUGUUGAAUGGGCUUCAAGAAAGAAGUUUGGCAAAAGCUGGUGUGCGCUUGAGCAGCAAGCUAGAGAUCAGUGGGCUAUCAGAGAACACUUACCUCCUCAAGGUCCGCUCCCCGCAAGUGGAGGAAUACAAUGGAGUCUGGCCCAGGGAUCCAUUCAGUAGAUCUUCCAAAAUCACACAAAUGGUCUCAUCGUGUUUCAGCCGGCCUUUCAAAUUUGAAUACAGUAGUGGACGGAUUGGAAACAUUUAUGCGCCAGAAGACUGCCCUGAUACAUGCAUUAACAUAGUGAGAGGAAUCCUGAACAUGAUGCAGAUAACCAUUAAAAAAUCACAGAAUGUCUAUGAAUUGCAAGAGGCUGGAAUUGGAGGUGUUUGCCAUACAAGAUAUGUCAUCCAGGAAGACAGGAAGAAUAGCCGAGUCUCUGUUACCAAAACUGUAGACCAAAAUAAUUGCCAGGAGAAGGUGAAGAAGAGUGUUGGAAUGGCUUACAUCUAUCCCUGUCCUGUUGACACGAUGAAAGAAAGGCUGGUAAAAGGGACUGCGGCCUUCUCCUACAAGCUCAAGCAGUCAGACAGUGGCACCCUGAUCACAGAGGUUGCAUCGCAGCAGGUGUAUCAGAUCUCGCCAUUCAGCGAACCUACUGGGGUUGCUGUCAUGGAAGCAAGACAACAGCUUACCUUGCUGGAAGUGAGAAGUGAGCGGGGGAGCGCCCCAGACAUUCCCAUGCAGAGCUAUGGAAGCCUUUUCUACCAGUUCCCAGACGCACUGCCACAGAUGCCCCUUCAGCUAGUCAAGACGAAAAACCCCGAGCAACGGAUAGUAGAAACGCUGCAGCACAUAGUCCUGAAUAACCAACAAGAUUUCCAUGACGAUGUUCCACAAAGAUUCCUAGAGCUUGUCCAGCUCUGCCGAAUAGCAAACACUGACAGUCUUGAGUCUAUCUGGAGACAAGUUUCAGAUAAACCUCGUUACAGGAGAUGGCUACUGAGUGCAGUUUCUGCAAGUGGCACCACAGAAGCACUAAAAUUCAUUAAGACCAGAAUUCGCAACGAUGAACUUAACUACAUUCAGACUCUUCUAACUGUUUCUUUGGCUUUCCAUUUAAUGAAGGUUGAUGAACACACUCUUCCAAUAGCAGCUGAUUUAAUGACUAGCUCUAGAAUUCAGAGAAAUCCAAUGCUUCAACAAGUUGCCUGCUUGGGAUACAGUUCUGUGGUCAAUAGAUACUGUUCUCAGACAUCAGCAUGUCCUAAAGAAGCUCUUCAGCCUGUACAUGACCUGGCAGAUGAAGCAAUCAGCAAGGGCCGUGAAGACAAAAUGAAAUUAGCUCUCAAGUGCAUUGGUAACAUGGGAGAACCAGCCAGCUUAAAGCGCAUCCUGAAGUUCCUUCCAAUAUCUUCAUCCAGUGCUUCUGAUAUCCCAACCCACGUUCACAUUGAUGCCAUCAUGGCCUUGAGAAAAAUAGCUUGGAAGGACCCCAGAACUGUGCAGGGAUAUCUCAUCCAGAUCCUUGCAGACCAGUCACUUCUCCCUGAAGUGCGAAUGAUGGCUUGUGCUGUUAUCUUUGAGACAAGGCCUGCCCUUCCUCUAAUAACAACGAUAGCUAAUGUGGUGAUGAAGGAGAGCAAUUUGCAAGUGGCCAGUUUCGUGUAUUCCCACAUGAAGGCUUUGUCGAAGAGCAGAUUACCGUAUAUGUACAACAUAUCUUCAGCUUGCAAUAUCGCCCUUAAGCUGCUGGCCCCCAAAUUGGACAGGCUGAGCUAUCGGUACAGCAAGGUCAUUCGUGUUGGUGGUUACUUUGAUAACUAUAGAGUUGGUGUUGCUGGCGAUGUCUUUGUUAUGAACAGCCCAGGAACAAUGUUCCCUUCAGCAAUAAUUUCCAAGUUGAUGGCAAAUUCUGCAGGUUCAGUGGCUGAUUUGGUGGAGGUCGGCGUCCGAGUGGAAGGCCUCACAGAUAUUAUAAUGAAGCGAAAUAUUCCAUUUGCUGAAUAUCCCACAUACAAGAAGAUAAAGGAGCUUGGAAAAACUCUGCUGGGAUGGAAAGAGCUGCCAACAGAGACCCCUUUGAUAUCAGCCUACUUGAAAAUAUUUGGUCAAGAAGUGGCCUAUGUCAACAUCAAUAAGGAAGUCCUGCAACAAGCUAUGAAGACGAUAGUAGAACCUGCUGACAGAAACACAGCGAUGAAGAGAAUUGCCAACCAGAUCCGCAAUGGCAUUUCAGGACAGUGGACACAGCCCGUGUGGAUGGGAGAGCUGCGAUAUAUUGUUCCCAGCUGCCUUGGCCUGCCGCUGGAAUACAGCUCAUACACCACUGCCCUAGCACGUGCUGCAGCCAACGUUGACGGAAAGAUGACCCCGCCUUUAACUGGAGAUUUUAGACUUUCUCAGUUGCUUGAAUCCACCAUGCAGAUUCGGUCUGACAUAAACCCAAGCUUAUAUGUACAUACAGUCGCAACAAUGGGUGUCAACACGGAAUACUUUCAACAUGCUGUUGAAAUUCAAGGCAAGGUCCAGAUGAGAGUGCCAAUGAAGUUUGAUGCCAAGAUAGACAUGAAAUUGAAAAAUAUUAAGAUUGAAACAAAUCCAUGCUGUGAAGAAACUGAGAUAUUGGUUGGAAGACAUAAGGCUUUUGCUGUAUCAAGAAACAUAGGAGAACUGGGUGUUGAAAAGAGGACCUCAAUUCUCCCAGGAGAUUCUUCAUCAAAUAUAGUGGAAGAACCUUUCAAUCCAACAGAGAGAGCUUCCAGAGAAAGUUUCACAAUGCAGGGGCCUGACAGCAUUCCAAGGACACAUUCUCAUAGCUCUCAAGAGGAUCUUCUCCAUGGCACCAGAAGAAAAAUACAUAAACGAGACAUUUGCAUCAAACUGCAUCGUCUUGGUUGUCAGCUCUGCUUUUUCAGAAGGUCACAAGAUGCCAGUUUCAUAAAAAAUACAUAUUUGCACAGAUUAAUUGGAGAACAUGAAGCUAAAAUUGUUUUGAUGCCAGUUCAAACAGAUGCUGAUAUUGACAAAAUUCAGCUGGAGAUUCAGGCAGGAUCCAGAGCAGCCUCCAAAAUAAUUCAUGAAGUAAACUCAGAGUCAGAGGAAGAGGAUGAGACAUCUCCAUACGAGGACAUUCAAGCUAAACUUAAGAAGAUUCUAGGCAUUGACAAUGUGUUCAGGGUUGCAAACAAAACACGACACCAGAAAAAGCGACCUUCUAAGAAAGAAAACACUAUGCUAACAGAGCUUGGGACAGACCCCAACGCAAAAACUCCCUCCAGCUCAUCUUCUGCCUCCUCAGCUGUUUCCUCUUCUUCCUCAUCAUCUGCUUCCUCUCCUGAUCAUAGAAAGCCCAUAGAUGAAGAUGACAAUGAUCAAGUAAAGCGAACUAGAAACAAAGACACAAGCCGCAGGAGCAGCAGCAGCAGUGGUAGUGGCAGCAGCAGCAAGAGCAGCAGCAGCAGCAGCAAGAGCAGCAGCAGCAGCAGCAAGAGCAGCAGCAGCAGCAGUAGCAGCAGCAACAGUAAGAGAAGCAGCAGCAGCAGUAGCAGCAGUAAGAGAAGCAGCAGCAGUAGCAGCAGCAGCAGCAGCAGAAGCAGCAGCAGCAGUAGUAGCAGCAGAAGUAGUAAGAGCAGCAGCAGCAAAGGUAGCAGUAGUAGUGCUAGCAGCAGCAGAAGUAAGUCAGUGAAUCACCACAGCCAUAGGCAUCACUCAAGAUAUCUGAAUGGCAGCAGUAGUAGCAGCAGUAGCAGUAGGUCAGUGAGUCACCACAGCCAUGGGCAUCACUCGGGACAUCUGGAAGAUGGCAGCAGCAGCAGCAGCAGCAGCAGCAGCAGCACAUAUUCCAAAAUAUGGGGAGGUCAUGAGAUUUAUCAGUACCGCUUUAGAUCAGCGCACAGACAAGAGUUCCCAAAAAGGAAACUCCCCGCUGACCAAUACAGCAGCACAUACUCCUCUACAAGAUCCAGUCGCGACACAUCCCGAGCUGCUUCCCGGCCUAAAUUUUUGGGUGAUGUCAAAACACCAGUGUUAGCUGUUUUUCUGAAUGGCGUUAGUAACAAUAAGAAGACAGGAGGCCUCCAGCUUGUGGUAUAUGCUGAUAUCGAUUCUGUCAGGCCCCGGAUGCAGGUAUUUGUGUCAAACCUCACAGAUUCAAGCAAGUGGAAGCUCUGUGCUGAUGCUUCAGUCCUCAAUGCUCACAAGGCAGUGGGUUACCUGAAAUGGGGCCGGAAUUGCCAGGACUACAAGGUUUCUACUGAGCUGGUAACUGGGCGGUUUGCUGGCCACCCUGCUGUACAAGUGAAAUUGGAGUGGCCUAAGGUUCCUUCAAGUGUCAGAUCAAUGGCAGAAUGGUUUUACAAUUUUGUCCCUGGGGCUGCAUUUAUGCUGGGGUUCUCUGAGAGAAUGGACAAGAAUCCUUCUCGACAAGCCAGGGUGGUUGUGGCUCUAACUUCUCCAAGGACAUGUGAUGUUGUUAUCAAGCUUCCUGAUAUGAUCCUCUAUGAAAAAGCCAUGAGACUUCCCCUGCCACUCCCUGUAGGUCCAAGGAUACCAGCUUCAGAGCUGCAGCCUCCAAUCUGGAAUGUCUUUGCUGAAGCCCCCUCUGCAGUGCUUGAGAAUUUGAAAGCUCGCUGCUCAGUUUCGCACAACAAGAUCACGACCUUUAAUGAAGUCCGGUUUAACUACACAAUGCCAGCAAGCUGCUAUCACAUCUUGGCUCAGGAUUGUAGCCCUGACCUUAAGUUCCUGGUGAUGAUGAGGAAUGCUGAAGAAGCUGUGAACCUUAAAGCCAUCAACAUCAAGCUUGGCAGUCACGAAAUUGAUAUGCAUCCUGCAAAUGGACAGCUGAAACUGCUGGUGGACGGGGUUGAAAGCCCCUCAACAAACAUUUCACUCAUAUCUGCAGGUGCUUCUUUGGGAAUCUACAGUGAAAAGCAAGGCCUUGUACUUGUUGCCCCAGCCUAUGGCAUUGAUAAAUUAUACUUUGAUGGGCACACAUUCAUGAUUCAAGUUGCUUUAUGGAUGGCAGGGAAAACAUGUGGAAUGUGUGGAAAAUAUGAUGCAGAAUGUGAACAGGAAUAUCGGAUGCCCAAUGGAUAUCUAGCUAAAGAUGCUGUGACCUUUGGCCAUUCUUGGAUUUUGGAAGAAACACCUUGUAGAGGAGCUUGUAAACUGCAUCGUUCAUUUGUGAAGCUUGAGAAGACAGUUCAGCUUGCAGGUAUAGAGUCCAAGUGCUACUCUACAGAGCCUGUGCUACGCUGUAGGAAAGGAUGCUCUGCCACCCAGACGACUCCAGUAACUGUUGGUUUCCACUGUCUUCCAGCUGAUUCGGCCACUAGCAUGACUGACAAACAGAUGAAAUUCGACCAGAAGUCAGAGGAUAUGCAGGAUACUGUUGAUGCACACAUAGCAUGUUCAUGUGAGAAUGAAGAAUGCAGUACAUGAAGCUGUACACUGCAGCACAGGAGAUAACUGAAACAUUUUAAUGUUUUUAUUGUGUGGUCUAAGAAGACUCAUCUUAAACAAUAGAAAUACUAAAUUAAAUACUUAAACAUGUGUGGAAUUUUCCUAAUUUAAAGUAUUAAACUUUAUUAUUGUAGAAACUGUUCUAAUUGCCUAUAAAUAUCUGAUUUCGUAAUAAAUAUGUGCAUGGAAAGAUUGA